AUGGCAGCAAAACGUCUCGUGGUAGCAGGUGGAAGCGGAUUUUUAGGAUCCAGAAUAUGUAAACACGCCUCCGUCCGAGGCUGGGAGGUUGUCUCACUCAGCCGCUCCGGAGAGCCCCAAUGGGACACCGUAACCGCCUCCAAAGAACGCCCCGGCUGGGCCAGCGAUGUCGAAUGGGCAAAAGCCGACAUUCUCAAACCAAGCACAUACAAACCAUACCUCAAAGAUGCGACGGCCGUUGUGCAUUCCAUGGGCAUACUGCUGGAGGCGGAUUACAAGGGAGUUGUCUCGGGCAAGGAGUCGAUUAUUAGCGGGUUACAGAGAGCGUUUAGUUCGACGAAGAGGGGGACUCAAGAUCCGCUCAAUAGAGGCGUAGGAGAGGAGUUAAGGCCGCAGGAAAGUGAUGGGCAGUUGACGUAUGAGGUUAUGAAUAGAGAUACAGCAAUCGCGCUUGCGCAAGAGUCCUCCUUUGAACAUGUGCCAACUUUCGUCUACAUUUCUGCUGCCGGCGGCGCUCCGAUACUCCCAAGCAGAUAUAUAAGCACCAAGAGGGAAGCCGAAUCCAUCAUAUCCCAAUCCCUACCCGAUCUUCGAAGUAUCUUUAUCCGACCAGGAUUCCUUUAUGAUUCUAGCAGAAAGUUCACACUACCCAUCGCGCUGGGUGGAAUGAUCGGUGCAGAAGUUGACGCUGUUCUUGGAGGACGCCUUAAGUCGCUUGUGGGGUCCAUGACAGAAAAGCCACUCAAGGCAGAUGUUGUCGCACAGGCAGUCGUGGAAGCUAUCGCAGACGGGACCACGAGUGGGGUGGUCGGAACAAAGAAGAUUGAGAAUUUGGCGACCCAAGCUUGGCGAAAGACUAUGCUCUAA